AUGAACCAUCCGAUAUUAGCGCAGAUUGUGCCACAAGUUGCAGCUUUGUCUGAUCGAGCGGAUAAAAUGAAAAUGGUUUCAAAGUUAUCAACUUUGUCGAUUGAUAAAUCGGCAUCAAAAAUUCAACAAGCAUUUCGGAAACAUCAAGCUCGACUUAAACUGAAAAAACAAGCCGCAUGGCAAAUUCAUGAAAAACUCGAAUAUUCAAGUGAACAAACAGAAGCGAAACUGAAAGAUAUGUUCGAAAAAUUAAUUAAAGCAUCCGGCACGCUUUCACCAUCGGUCACGAAAUUACUUCACAAAGCCGGAUUACCUGUCGAGGAGAAAGAACUCUUAAGACUAACAAAUCCCGAAAAUAUUCGUGUUGAACCAACUUACCGUGGACCACGCAUUGAAGGGCCAAUUACACGAAAAGUCUUCGUAGACUUAAUUGAAGCUUUUCAACGAGGUCAAGUUUUACAUGAAAAAUAUGUGUGUGAAAUUCUUCAUCAAGCACGUACUAUUCUCAAAACCAUCCCCAACUUUAAUCACGUUGAUUUAUCCAAUCUUCGGCAUGUUUUCAUUGUUGGUGACCUUCAUGGACAAUUAGCUGAUCUACUACACAUAUUCAAUUCGAACGGACUUCCUUCAACUGACAAUGCUUAUAUAUUCAAUGGAGAUUUUGUUGAUCGAGGUCGAAAUUCAGUUGAAGUCAUUCUUCUCUUGAUGGUUGCUCUUAUACUCUAUCCAAGUUCAGUCUUUCUCAAUCGAGGUAAUCAUGAAGACAUUAUGGUCACUGUUCGAUAUGGUUUUCAUAAUGAAAUUAAUCAUAAAUAUCGAACACGUAAAGCACCAUUGGUGGAUCUAUUCAAAGAUAUUUUCAGUUGGCUACCACUUUACUCGUACGUUGAUGCUGGAAAGAACAAAAUUAUUGUUAUGCAUGGUGGAAUAUCCGAUAAAAUCAAUCUGAAAAGAUUGAAUAGUUUAGCAAGAAAUCGAUAUGUUUCAAUUGAAGUGCCUCCUGAGUCGAAAUCUGGUGGGAAACGACUAACGGAAGAAGAAGAAAAUGAAUACCAUCAAAUACAAGAUUUAUUCUGGAGUGAUCCUGAUCCUCGUGGUCGUCGAGGCUGUCGUAAAAAUGAUGAUCGAAAGAUGGCUUGCUUCUUUGGUGCUGAUGUAACUCAACAAUUUCUGAAAAAAUACAAUUUGUCGAUGAUUAUACGUUCUCAUCAAGUCAAACAAGAUGGUUAUGAAUAUAAUCAUGGUGGAAAAGUUCUUACAGUAUUUAGCGCUUCAAAUUAUUGUGGUGGUUCAAAUUGGGGUGCUGUUGUACGAUGGGAUUAUAAUGAAGAAGAACCGUGGAUCAUUUCAUUUAAAACUCAAGGUGUGGAAAUGGAAAAGAUGAGUUUUAGCAAACAAGUUACUCUAUUUGAAGAUCCGGCAUACCAUUCAUUAAUGGAAAAGGUCAUGACAAAUAAAACUGCACUUCUCAAAGAAUUUACCAAAGCAGAUACUAAGAAAGAUGAUCAUUUACCAUUAACAACUUGGGCUGAUAUUAUGUCUGAUGUUCUACAAGUAGACUUGCCAUGGCUUAUCUUACGUGCAAAAUUAGUUCAAGAAGAUGCUGAUGGUGUAUUAUAUCGAUCAAUGUUCAACGACUAUAUUUUAGACAAUCCAAAAUUUCAAAUGUCUAAUACUGGUAUUAUGGAAGAUUUGUACAUGUGGAAAGAUAUGCUGUUGGCAUUGUUUAAUCUAAUCGAUUACAAUCAUUCAGGUUUCAUCAGCCGGAAUGAGUUCGCUGAUGUUAUUAAGCUUAUACUCUAUGGUGAAAAUGGUUCGGGUGAUGUGAAUGAUGCAUAUGUGGAAGAACUAACAUCGGCAAUGGAUUUUGAUAGGAAUGGUAAAAUUGAUUUCAAUGAAUUUCUCGAAAGUUUUCGAAUUGUGAAUGUGAAGAAACCACAGCAAAUAAAUGAGAAGAGUAAAGGUCGUAACAAAUCUGGUAGUAUCAACGGAGUUAUCGUGGAACAUAAAAUACGGGUAUAG